AUGGUCUCGCAUACAAACCGCCUCUACCUGCGUCGUCUCCUCCGCUCACGCUUCCCCAAGAUCAUUCUUGUCCUCGUUAUCAUCAUAAACAUCCUCGACGUCCUCCGCAUCCACAAAAACCUUCUCGAUGCCGACCGCACGCCCGCUCCUAAGCUCUCGCAGCCCCCCGAGCGCAUCUACAUCGCCAGCAUGCACUUCAACAACGAGCGCGUGAUAAGGGACCACUGGGGUCCUGCGGUGAUUGAGAUUUCAAAGAUGUUUGGCAAGGAAAACGUAUUUGUUAGUGUGUUCGAGAGCGGCAGCUGGGAUAAGACGAAACGAGAGCUGCACAAGAUGGCGCAGGAGCUCGAGAGAUUGGGGGUCCCACACCGCGUGGAGAUGUCGGAUGCGACACACAAGGAUGAGAUUGAGAAUCCGGACAAAGGAGAGGGCUGGAUCGACACACCCAGAGGGAAGCGCGAGUUGAGGAGGAUACCGUUUCUCGCCAAGUUGCGGAACAGGACGUUGCAGGACUUGAUUGACCUGAAUAAGAAAGGCGAGCGCUUUGAUAAGGUUCUCUUUCUGAACGAUGUCGUUUUUACGACAGAAGAUGUACUCAAGCUUCUAAGCACUAAUGGCGGCGAGUAUGCAGCAGCUUGUUCGCUCGACUUUUCCAAACCACCAGAGUACUACGACACGUUUGCGCUGAGAGACACCAGUGGACAGGCUCACGCGAUGCAUUCGUGGCCGUACUUCAAAUCAAGCGUCUCGAGAAAUGCGCUUGUUAACCAUUUGGAUGCUGUACCCGUGGCGAGCUGCUGGAAUGGAAUUGUUGCCAUGCCUACAGAACCGUUUAUCUCAUCCUCAAAACUCCGCUUCCGCGGCAUACCAGACUCUCUAGCAGAACACCACCUCGAAGGCUGCGAAUGCUGUCUUAUCCACGCUGACAACCCACUCUCCAAAACACGCGGCGUCUAUCUCAACCCGCAUGUGCGCGUGGGAUACAACCUGGCCGCCUACCAAACCGUGCACCCGGAGCAGGGCGCCUGGGUGUCUACGUGGCAGAUCUUCUCGGGCCUCUGGAUCAACCGGAUCAUGCGGUGGGUGUCGGCGCCGUUCGACUCAUGGAUGGUGAGGAGACGUGUGGCGGCGUGGGAGAAGGAGGGUAUGGGUAGGAGAGAGCCCGGCGAGUUUUGUCUGAUAAAUGAGAUGCAGGUUCUUGUUGAGCGAGGAUGGGCACAUGUUUAG